CCGCUUCUAACAGGGGAAAUGUAUUUACUUCCUGUGUAAAGGGUCAGAAAAGCUGUUUUUGACUAUCUUCAUCUAGUGAAGUGUUUUGUGUUCUUUUACAGAAACUGGUGAAUACAGUGAAUUUAUUCAAGGUCAAAAAUGUCGUCGGAUGAUUUAAUUGGACCCGCUUUACCUCCAAUGUUUCGAAAGGAGAGCUCUGAAGACGAGCUUAGUGAAAAUGACUUUGCUGGUCCGGCUUUGCCUCCCGGAUACAAACGGGAAGAUCCGUCGAGUUCUUCGGAUGAAAGUGAGCCGGAGAUCGCCAAGAAAAGAGCAAAGACGGGGCACAGAGAUGGAGACAGGCCCGAGCAGAAAAAUUAUGACGAUGACGAUGGUUUCUUUGGGCCUGCUCUGCCUCCAGGAUUUAAAAAACAAGAAAGUUCUCCUGAAAGGCGCCCCAUUGUAGGACCUGCCUUGCCCCCGGGGUUUCGCAAAGCAGCAUAUAAUCAAGAGGAUAGUGAUGGUGAAGAGGGAGAAUGUCUCCCAGGGCCCGCUCUACCUCCAGGAUAUUGUGCUGAAUCCUCCAACAGUGACGAUGAGGAAGUGAUAGGACCCAUGCCUGCCAAAGGCCCAGUUCAGAACACUGUGGUUCUUGAUAUUGAGCGGAGAGCAAAGAGAAUGAAGGAGAAGCUGACAGGAGUUGAAGCUCCUGCAGUGCAGACCAGAGAAACAUGGAUGACGGAACUGCCACCAGAAUUGCAGCACAUUGGCCUGGGAGCACGAACAUUUAAGAAAAGGUCUGGUCCAGAAAACAAGGAUCGCUCCAUUUGGACAGAUACACCAUCAGACAGGGAGCGCAAAGCGAGGGAACGUCUUGAAGGCAAGAAUAAAAAAGAAUCGGAGGAAAAAGAUGAUGUCCCACAUGUUUCCAGAAAGGACAUGGAAAUGGCAGAUAAAGUUUCUAAAUAUAAUGACUCUAAACGGGCCGAGUCUCUCAUGAGUUUGCACGCAAAGAAGAUGAAAGAGAAAGCUAAGGAGAAAGCAGACCAACCAGUGGAAAGAAGGCCAUUUGAUCGCGAUGCAGACCUGCAAGUCAAUCGAUUUGAUGAAGCUCAGAAGAAACGGCUGCUGAAGAAGUCUCAGGAACUAAACACGCGGUUCUCCCAUAGCAAGAGCCAAAUGUUUUUGUAAUAAAUUGCCAAAACAUUCAAACAAAUUUAAACUUGCAGGCAUUUACCAGCAGAGUCUUUAGUGGAUUUUUAUAUACAUGUAGGUGGAAAUGCAGAUUGUUUGUUUGUUUAAUUUUGCAGAAAAAAAUGUGAACAUUAGGUUGAUCAGAUGUAUUUUAUGUGACCUUUUCCAAUUAGUGUUUUUAUGUCUCUCUUAAUGGAAAUGUGUGGGAUUUUUUUAAGACUUGUUUUUGACUGUCCUGUUGUAUAAAAUAAAAAAGAUAUAUAUAUUUUA